CGGCGAUUGUAUGCGCGUUAAUAUAUCGAUGUUAGAAUCUUUUGGGGUUUAGCGCUAGGUGCCAUCGUAAUACAUACCGGCAAGUUGGUGAAGUGAGUCACGAGGAAGUUGACGGCUGUGGUCAGAGGCUUGUUUUUGCCGAGCGAGUAAGUUUUUCUCCACCUGUCAGAGAGGUCAACACAAUGGCUGAAUGCACAGUUCUGGAAAGUUUGCUAGAGAUGGGUUUUAAUAAGAACCGAGCUGAAAAAGCUCUGGCAUACACAGGGAACCAAGGGAUUGAGAGGGCGAUGGAUUGGUUAAUGGAACAUGAGAAUGAUCCUGAUAUUGAUGAGCCAUAUGUACCACCACCAGAGAAUGUUCUCAGUUCAGAGUCAAGUCCACAUCCUGACUCCAUGGACCCAAUUGAAGGGUCAAUUGCUGAGGAAGGAGAGGAGGGAACAGCGCAACCUAAGCGUCCUCUGACAGAGGAAGAAAAACGAGAGCAAGUUAAAAGGCUAGAGGAACUAAUGCGGGUUAAACAACAGGAACGGGCAGAAAGGGAAAAAAAAGAAGAAAUUGAACGGGAGAAACAGAGACGCCGUCAAGGACAGGAGUUGCUCCAAAUCAAACAGAAACUGCAGGAUGAGGAGAUGAAAAAACUGGCAGAUGAGCGACGGAGAGAAAAAAUGGAAGAAAAGCUAGCCAAGCAACGGGUUCGAGAAAAGAUUGAGAGGGACAAAGCAGAAAGAGCCAAGAAGUUUGGUGGAGGUGGAACCCCUUCGUCAUCUCCUGCUGAUGUUGUUCCUGUCUCUGCUCCUGCAAGCCAAGGUCCUCCACCAGCAAAGCGCGAGUAUGAUGAGUGCCGGAUACAGAUUCGGUUGUUGGAUGGAUCUGUAAUGACAAGCACAUUCAAGGCCAAGGAACAGCUGGCUGCAGUUAGAGUAUACGUGCAAAUGAAUCAGACCUCUGGCAUAGAUGAUUUUAACCUCAUGACGACAUUUCCUAGAAAGCUGUUUACAGAGGAAGAUAUGGAAAAACCUUUACAAGAACUUGGUCUGGUACCAUCAGCAGUGUUGAUAGUUGCAAAAAAGUGAAAAGAAGAAGAAAAAAAAGAAACCAACAAAAAUCCCCAAAAAAAAAAACCCAACCCAAAGCACUGAUUUCAUCAGAAUUAACUUUAUGGAGACUUAACUAAUGGACCUAAAAAGAAAUUCAAGAGUUGAAUGACCACACUGGAAAUCAGUAUGUGACACUUAAAAAUUAAUUUGAUGAUUAAAGAAGAUUCUCCUUGAGCGUUACUGUUGUUGUCUCUAUCUGAUGAAAACAGACCCAAUAAAUGUUCUGAGGAACACAACUUUUAAAAUA